CGGUUGCAUUACAGGAAAGUAACCUCGGCUUCCUUACCACUGAGACGGUCGCCGGGGACCUGGAAUUGACGGAACCGUUGUCCUUCGGCCGUGUAAAACCGCGGGCAUCGCACUGAUUCCUUUUCCCUGCUCUCGCUUAUUCAUUUUCUGGAGACCAGGCGUUUCCCCUGACACAUUGGAGGUCCAUAUACAACACUUCCACACACUAGCCGUGUUCCCCUCUCUAUUCCGGACUGUCCUCGUAUUGCCGUGCUCUUACACAGCGUUUUACCCCUCUGCAUCGGCCAGUUCUCAAGAUGAGGUCCUUCGUGCGAGCGUUGCGCCCUGCGGUGCGGAGAAGUCAAGCCGUUUGUGCGCCUAGGAUACGGCAGCCGUUCGCUGCUCAAUGCGCACGCCCACUUUCCACAACCGCCGUCCGUCGCGAUGCCAGCCUUGCCGAUGUUGCCCCGACACCCAUCACCCACUUCUCCGAGGUCGAGACUGCUAUGGCCGAGACGGUACAGAAGUUCGCCAACGAUGUUAUCCUGCCCAAGGUGCGCGAAAUGGACGAGGCAGAGCAGAUGGACCCCGCCAUUGUGGAACAGUUGUUCGAGCAGGGCCUCAUGGGCGUUGAGAUUCCGGAGGAAUACGGCGGCGCGGGUAUGAACUUCACAGCUGCCAUUGUCGGAAUCGAAGAGCUUGCCCGCGUCGACCCCUCGGUAUCGGUGAUGGUGGAUGUGCACAACACCCUCGUCAACACGGCAGUGCUCAAAUGGGGCAGCGAGUACCUCAAGAAGAAGUAUCUUCCGCGCCUCGCAACCAACACUGUGGGCUCAUUCUGUUUGUCGGAGCCCGUGAGCGGGUCUGAUGCCUUUGCCUUGGCUACCAAGGCCACCGAGACAGAGAAUGGGUUCAAGAUCAAUGGCAGCAAGAUGUGGAUCACCAACAGCAUGGAAGCUGAGUUCUUCAUCGUCUUCGCCAACUUGGACCCCAGCAAGGGCUACCGUGGCAUCACCGCCUUUAUCGUCGACAAGGGCAUGAAGGGCUUCAGCAUCGCCAAGAAAGAAAAGAAGCUGGGCAUCAAGGCAAGCAGCACCUGCGUGCUCAACUUUGACGACGUCGAGGUGCCCAAGGAAAACCUGCUUGGCGAAAGGGGACAAGGCUACAAAUAUGCCAUCUCGCUGCUGAACGAGGGUCGCAUCGGCAUUGGCGCGCAGAUGACCGGCCUUGCGCUCGGCGCGUGGGAGAAUGCGGUCAAGUAUGUGUGGAACGACCGCAAACAGUUUGGUCAGCUGGUCGGUGAGUUCCAGGGAAUGCAGCACCAGAUCGCCCAAGCCUACACAGAGAUUUCCGCGGCUCGUGCUCUGGUGUACAACGCCGCCCGGAAGAAGGAGGCCGGGGAGAACUUCGUCAUGGACGCGGCGAUGGCCAAAUUGUAUGCGUCACAGGUUGCGGGCCGUGUGAGCAGUCUCGCAGUGGAAUGGAUGGGCGGCAUGGGCUUCGUCCGUGAGGGCCUGGCCGAAAAAUUCUUCCGUGAUAGCAAGAUUGGUGCCAUUUAUGAGGGCACAAGCAACAUCCAGCUCAACACCAUCGCCAAGACGCUCCAGAAGCAGUAUACUGCUUGAUUUACAUCAACGUUACAAAAUACUUGGACACUAUGAUUGGACUCUGGCCUAGACGAUGAGAGUUAAAGAGAAUUGUACAAAACGAUUUUGAUUGAAUCACCAAUGCAUCAUCGCGGUUCCUGACAUGCUGCGCCGUGUUGACUGACGGACGCGGUUCAAACGGCAACCAUAUAGUUGACUGACCCGUGCUCUCAUUUGGCUAUUAUCCAGUAUUCCCAUUGAUACAACGCCCGGUCCUCGAAAAGUUUGGUCCGAGGGACAGACUUUACAAGAAUGUUGUAUUCAUUCCUAUCGAGCAGGUUCUGGGAUAAAAUGCGAUCGCCAAACACUGCCGGAACUUCGCCCAGUUUUACGUUAGUCUGGACGGCGGUGUCCAGGUUUCUUGAAACUCUGUGCUGAUAGGUCUCGUCACCGGGAUGAUCCAAAGUCCUACGGGUAGUCCUAGGACAAACACAAUUCGUAGAGCGAGCGGGUAGGAACGGAAGUGCCGAAUGCUCGAAAUCGCGAACUACAAACCAGGAGCUAUAAGAC